AUGCCCACUCACGCCCUAUCCCGGGCGCAGUCCGACUUUUUCCUCUCGGGCCUCACCGCCGACCCAGCCCAACGCCACGAUGGCCGCUCCCUCCUCGCCUUCCGACCGCUCCACGUCGAGUCCGACAUCGCAGCACAGGCAAACGGUUCAGCAACCGUCAACCUCGGCGGCACGCACGUCGUCUGCGGCGUAAAGGCAGAGGUUCGCUCCUUUGCAGACGACCUCGAAGACCAGGAGGCAGACGACCUCGCAGGCGACGACGACUACGACGACCUCGACGCGGACCAGGAUGGCGACGGCACUCCCUCCACUGGCAGAGGCAAAGUCAAGUGCUCCAUCGAGUGCUCCCAGUCGAUCCUGCACACCUUCGACGCGCGCCACAUCGACACCCUCACCGCCUCGCUCACGUCCACCGUCUCGUCGGUAUUCUCGGCACGCUCCUCGCCAAUACCUCUCUCGCAGCUCGUCAUCAUCCCACGCGCAAAGCACUGGACACUCUACGUCGAUAUCCUCGUCACCUCGCUCUCGGGCGGCAACCUCUUCGACGCCGUCUUUGCGGCCAUCUUUGCCGCGCUCUACGGCACCCGCGUCCCCACGACGCGCGGAGUCGCCUUCGAGGCGCCCUCGACCGUCUCGGCGACCGGCGACGACGGAUCGACGCGCGGCGCAUUCGAGAAUGUCAAGGGCGACCUGGACCAGAUGGGCAUCAAGGGUCUGCUCAGGAGCAACAAGGAGGCCGCACAGGCCCGCGGCGCAGCAGCAGGCGACGGCGCAGGGACAAAGGCGGCCAGCAACAAGAUUGUCGACUUCGAACUCGAGAACCAGCAGGAUGAAGGCUUCCGUCUCGAGGCCAGGGAAAACGUCCCGCUCUGCAUCACCGUCAACGUCCUACCAAAAACCUAUCUGCUCGACGCGACCAUCGACGAAGAGGCAUGUAUACCCUCGCGCGUCCACGUCAUUGCAUCACGGACGGGCCGCAUUCACGCGGUAAAGGUGCAGGGAUCGCAGGAGAUUGCGUCCGGCCGGAUCAACGAGGCCAUCCGCAUCGGUACCACCCAGGCCUCCAGGCUCGCAGACGCCCUCAGAGCACAGCUCGAUGCAGAGGCCGGCGACGACGAAGACCAGGAGGAGGGGGAAGAGGGAGAAGAGGUCGACGGUAUGGCGCUCGAUGUUUGA